AUGGACGGCACUGUGACAUGCAGCUGGCGGGAGCACCGCCACGACUGCCCGCCCCCAAACCUUGUGUUCUGCCAAGAUGCACAAUCUGCACGCAUGCAUGCAGAGGCUGUUGCCGCAUCGAGGGCUGAUGGGAAUACAAAUACGACGGCAGUGGUGCUCGAUGACGAAAAUGAGGCAGCCGCAGCCCCAUGGAUGACAUUGCAGCUGCAAAAUUCCUUGCGUCAUCUGGUUGUUUUGAGCAACGCGCGUGUUUUGGAGGUCCAUGUCGGUGAGACCGCCAUAUACACGCACAAGGGGGUUGCCGUUGCGGCAGGUUUGUUUCUUCACGACACUGAGUGUAAUGCGGUCGCUGGACAGACGCUGAAGCUGAAGUUUUUUGCCCGAAAGGCAAAAGACGUUAUUGACUUGGUGGUUUUAUCUCUUGUUUUUGACUCCGUGGGCCCGGGCGACAAAAGCGGUGGCCACGACGGCCAUGUCGCUGACGCCGCGUCUACAGUUGAAAGCCGGAUGCGACAGCUGGAAAUGCUUCUGCACACGUCAAUGAAGUCGGUGGUGCUACGACUGAAGGAAUUGGAGGCAAGAAUUGGCGCGUUGGAGUCUCGAGGAUGUGAUGAGCAGCAGCGUUGA